CUAAAUCAUCCCAGACCGUACCAACAAAAAAAAACACGUACACAAAACAUGGAGAAUAAACCAUCACACUUUUCAGCUCUCUUAUUCCUUCUAAUUUCCCUUGUGUUAUUUUCCACUGCAAAAUGUGGUAUUGUUACUUAUUGGGGCCAAGGUGACCAAGGUGAAGGAACAUUAACAGAAGCAUGUAACUCAGGACUUUAUGGAAUUGUUGUCAUAGCAUUCCUAAGUAAAUUUGGGAAUGGCAAUAGACCUCAUGUGAAUCUAGCAGGUCACUGUAACAAUGUUCCUAAUUGCCACAUAAAAGUGGGUCAUGGCAUAAAAAAUUGCCAAAAUAAAAAUGUCAAAGUCUUGCUCUCAAUUGGAGGUGCUGAUGGAGGCUAUGGAUUAUCAUCUGCUGAUGAUGCCAACCAAUUAGCAGAUUACUUAUGGAAUAACUUCUUGGGGGGACAAUCAAGCUCAAGGCCAUUUGGUGAUGCUAUAUUGGAUGGAAUUGACUUUGACAUAGAAGGGAAUCGUGGAGACCCAGAAAACUAUGCAGUGCUAGCUAAGAAGCUAAGGGAAUACAUGGACAAGAACACAUGGAAAAAGUUCUACCUAAGUGCUGCACCACAAUGUCCAUUCCCUGAUCAUAAUCAAAAUCCAGCACUCUCCAAUGUUUAUUUCAACUUUGUCUUCAUUCAGUUUUACAACAACCCUGAUUGCCAAGUUGACUCAAACAACUUCCAAAGAAGCUGGAAUAAGUGGACUAGUACCAUAAAUGCUCACAAGUUCUAUGUUGGCCUCCUUGCCGCGCCGACGAACACUGACAAGGGUUACGUGACGCCGGAAACCGUCUUAAAUAAAGUGUUGCCUUUUGUCAAGAACUCUCCCAAUUAUGGAGGAGUCAUGCUGUGGAACAGAGAAAUGGACAAAAACAGCAAAUUUAGUGCCAAAAUACAUGAUAGUGUUAAUAAAUAAAUAAACGUCUUGACAGACAUUCUAUAUGUCUUAUAAGACGCUAGUAGUUAAUUAUUAAAGUUUAAAUAAAAACCGAUUCUUAAAAGCGGUUUAAUAUAACGAAGAUCUAAGAUGGUGUCUAAGUUAAAAUUAUAUGUUCCUCACUAGUGUGCCAAACAUAAAGCUUAAAUAUGUCCUUUAUUAGUAAAUAAAUGUCAGCUCCUAUGAGUUGAAGGGCAUCUUGCUUUCAAGUAUUUA